ACGCACCAUUCGAUGUAUUUAACAUAACUUAGUGGAAAUAUUUAAGAAUAUAUCCCUCGUUUCCCUACUCGGUCCAUUUAGAUUAUAAGAAAUAGUUUCGUUUUAUACGACAAUCUAAUUAAACAAUUGUCAUUCUAGUACCACCAACCAUCUUCAUCAACUGUUCCAGUGCAACAAUUCUCAAUUCAAGUGAAUAUUUUUCUUGUAAAUGUCGUGGAAAGAAUGGUAAUCCACCUGUUAAUGAUGUCACAUGGUAUAAAGGUAGUCGCGUGGUUACCUCAGGGAUAGAAAUGGCAACUUUGAUAUUUCCUCAAGUUGAUCGUAACAGCAAUGGACAGUAUAGAUGUGAAGCAAAAAGUCAUGAGAAAGCUAAAAAAAAAACGAUUGAGUUGAUUAUUAACUAUAAACCUGUCAACGUUAAAUUGACUAUCAAAACGAAAAGUUUUAAAACAACAUGGACCUGUACUGCUGAAGGCAAUCCACCACCAAGAUACGAAAUAUUCUUUAAUGAUUCAAUCAGUGUUGGAAAUGGAUCAACACUCGUGUUAUAUGAAGUGACGUUAAAUCCUGUUGGCUUCUACACAUGUAGAGCAACAAACGUUCUUGGUGGCAUGACGUCAUCAGAAGUAUACCCGUCACUUGAAGGUAGUCAGUGAUGCUUCAUUUUAUUGCUUUUUCUUACUAUUUCUUUUUUUGUUUUAGUACAUAAUGUCAAGCCGACUGUAGGAGAGGUUAAAACAAACUGGCGCGACAUUGCAAUGUCAGUUAUAUCUGGAGUCAUUUCGGGGAUUUUCUUUUCUUGUUUGAUAUUUUUAUAUUAUGGUCGACGAUGGUUAGUUAAGAAAAGUCAAAUGUCUCAGUCAUAUGACGCAAGGACAAAUACGGCGAAUACAACUUGUCGAGAGAUAGAUUUAUCAAAUAUGAAUGACGGAGGCAAGGACGACAUAAUUGACCCAACUUAUCAAGGACUUGAUGUAUCAAAAAUGAAUGAAGAAGAUAACAAUUAUGAGCCAUUGCAAAGUAAGAAUAACACAGUUGACCAAAGUUAUGAAGGAGAAGAUUAUGAAAUUCUCAACACCAGUCCUUAAAUGAUAAUCAAUAAAUCUACAGUACACAAAAGUGUUAUUUUGAGAUGAAUGUAGUA